CACAUUUGAGUCCCACAAAGCCUGAACAAAGAGUUUCUGCCUACAUUCAUCUCUGCAUGAUGCACAGAGUGUUUCUUUGUCCUCUUUGUAUUUGUCACUUUUCUGUGUUUUCAAAGGAAACUUGCAAAAGAUGAAGGAUGCAUGAUGUUCUUACAGCAUGAGUUGUGCUUUAACCUGCAGUUUUAGUUAUUACACUUCAAAAGUACAGAUUUUACCCAAAUGGAGGAGGAGAACCCGGAGUUCUGGAGGUCCCAGGCCCGUGAGACUCUGCAGUCAGCGUUGGACCGAAAGUUGAACACCAAUGUGGCCAAGAACAUCCUGUUCUUCCUCGGAGACGGUAUGGGAAUCACGACCUACACGGCGGCUCGUAUCCUGAAGGGACAGCUACAGAACCAGACAGGAGAGGAGACGGUGAUGACCAUGGACACCUUCCCGAACGUGGGACUGGCAAAGACCUACAGUGUGGACUUCCAGAUCGCAGACAGUGCAGCGACAGCCACAGCGUAUCUGUGCGGCGUCAAAACCAACCUGAACGUCAUCGGUGUGAACGCUGCAGCUCGCAACGGGAUCUGCAAAACACAGAAAGGCAACGAAGUGACGUCCAUCCUGAAGUGGGCCAAAGACGCAGGCAAGUCUGUCGGCAUCGUAACAACCACACGAGUGCAACAUGCCACCCCAGCAACCAGCUACGCCCACAGUGCCAGCAGGAAGUGGUACAGUGAUGCCGACAUGCCUGCAGGAGCCAAGAGAGACGGCUGCACCGACAUCUCCUCCCAGCUCCUCAAAAACGUCGACAUCGAUGUGAUCAUUGGUGGAGGCAGAAAGUACAUGACCCCUCGGUACACCAAGGAUCCAGAGUACCCCACAGACUUCUCUGCCAGGGGCAAACGAAAAGAUGGACGCAACCUCAUCGAGGAGUGGCAGAAGAUGAAAUCUGGAAAGGAAGCACGCUAUGUGUGGAAUAAAAAGGAUUUUGAUGCUGUUGACCCUGAAACUACGGACUACCUAAUGGCUCUGUUUGAACCCGGUGAUCUGCGCUUCGAAGAGGAGAGGGAUCCAAAAAUGGACCCGUCCAUCGUUGAGACGACAGAGAAGGCAAUCCGCAUCCUGCAGAAAAACCCUAAAGGCUUCUUCCUACUAGUGGAGGGUGGCCGUAUCGAUCAGGCUCACCACGCCGGCCGGGCCUACAUGGCGCUCCACGAGGCGGUUGCUCUCGAUAACGCCAUCGCCAAAGGUCUGGAACUCACCGAGGAGCAGGAAACUCUGACGAUAGUGAUGGCUGACCACUCUCACCCUUUCACCCUCAAUGGAUUCCCAUUCAGAGGGCAGAGCAUUCUGGGUAAAUCUCCUCUGUGGGGUAUAGACAUGCUGCCUUACACCACACUGAUGUACGGCAAUGGACCAGGGUACAAAAUCAAAAACGGGACACGGCCAGACCUCCGCAAAGUCAACACCAAAUCUAAAGACUACGUCCAGGUGUCAGCCGCCCCCACAGAGUCCACCACCCACAGCGGGGAAGACGUCGCCGUGCUCGCCCGUGGACCCAUGGCCCACCUUUUCCAGGGUGUCAAUGAGCAGAACUACAUCGCCCACGCCAUGGGCUAUGCCGCCUGCGUGGGCGCCGACCUGAGGCACUGCCAGAUGCACACUGCAGCACCUGGACCGCAAUUCACCACAGACCAGGACAGGAACGGAGCUGGGGCCGUGUCACGUGUCUCUGCUGCUUUGCUUCUCAGUGUGCUGUUAACUCUUACCCUGCUCAUGUGAGGUCCUUGAUCCUCAGUGAACACUGACUCAAAGAGGUCAGAGGUCAGGGAUUGAACAGCUUGCUCAGACACACCUCAGCAGGACGGACUGUGUUCAUGCUGCUUCUUGAACCUGCGCGACACGGCCUCCAUCAGAACGCCACGUUUAGAAAGAGAGAUUAAAUUAUUAGCAGUCCCAAACGAAGACACUUUAAAGUUUAACCGUUAUUCUAUAAGUCUAAAUAAAAAUGUGAGAGAGAGAAUGGCUCGGACAGAAUGAGAGCUUAUUUAAUAUAUAUGUAUAUUGACUCUGCUUCAGCAGGGAGCUGAUUCAUUGUAUCGUACCAUUAAAGCCUUUAACAGAGAA